AUUACAGCGUACACUGUGAGUAGCAUCUUCGGUCCCGAUUCUGGCAUCUUAUUAGAGAUCCCACCCUCCUCUGUCUCUUCCUUCGCCCCUUAUAUCUUCCUCUCUCUCAUUCAAUUCUUCUCUCACAACACAAAAUCUUCAAUCCAAUAGUGCACACACCAAAACAACAUGAACGUGUUGGAUUCUAACGUCGAAGCUCUGGCCUUCAACUACUUGAGCUUCGGUUUGCUCACAGCCCUCAACAGUUUAUGGACCUGGCUCGCUCUUCUCACCGCCGCACUCAGCUUCUGGAAGAUCCGAUCCGCGGGCUACCCCAGGCCCAGGCCCACGUCCAAGCCCAUGCCCGAGACCCGACCCUCCGCCGAGCCCGCCCGCCAGACUCCCAACAAGGAGAAGACACAGCCAACGCGAGAAGCGGUUAAUGCUAACGGCGGCGCGGAGGAGGACGUUGACGGCUUGACGAAGGGGAAGUUUACAGUGUAUUACGACGGGCACGUGCAAUGCACGUGCGACAGCGAGAGCGAGAACGAGGGGUGUGGAGAGAGAGAGCGCUCCGGAACGGAGUGGUGGGAGAGGUGGGAGAGGCUGUUACGGCUGAGAAACGGGGAGAGUGAAAACGGGUGGUACACGUGGCAGGAUGUGACGGAGCUUAACGGCAACGUUGUUAGAUUAUGGGACGGUGGAUUAACUGGUUCUUUCGCCAGAGAAUCGUGGUACAACAGCUCCAACUGUAUCCAUGUCUGGUAACAGAUGUCACAAAAUAGUAAUCAUUGUAAGAUUUAGGUUAUGGCAUGAAUUGUUGUGUUGGAUUUACCUCUUCCUCAAAGGUGGAAGAUAUUACUGAAAUUUGAGAAUGUAUGUACAUAUAUGGUAAUUUUGUAUGGAAAAUUUUGUUGAUGAAAUAAUAAAAUUAGUGCAAUAAAAUAAAAAAA